GCCACUAGAGGGCGCGCGUUGUACGCCACGCACACGCGGCAGCGUAAAACCACCACCGAAGAAGAAAAAAAAGCGGAAGUGUGGGUCGGCCCAAGACGGAACCAAAAUAAGCGAAGCGAAAUCGAAUGGAAAAAAAAUCAUCAAAAUGUUGAAAGACUUGGUAAGGGAGAGACUCAUUGCCGCUGCUGACGACAUUUUCACGUUGUUUGAAAAAACAAUCGCGGCGUACGAGGAGGAACUUUGCCGAAAAAAAGAAGAGAACGAGCGACAACGACGAGAACUGGAGGCUGUUCGCAAGACAGGCGUUGUGCUCCUCGGCGAUGAUGUCCAGCAGCUGAUUGCUGAUCAAGAAGAACUUCAAGGCGUCAGCUCCCGUUUGGAACCGGAAGGUCCAAGGGCCCCCCAGGUAAAAGAAGAGGAAGAGGAGGCUCCACAGCCCCUCCGUGUGAAGGAGGAGGAGGGGGAGGCACUAACUGUCAUUAUCGUGAAGAACGAAGACGACAAAGACGAACCACCCGAGAAGUCUGAAUUUCAUCAUCGCUGUCCAAGUGGAGGUCCACCAUCAGACAAACUUUUAGCACCGCCGCCGCCACUCAGUGACAACAGAGAAGAAGCUUCAAGGAGCAAAGCACACUGCCAAGGCGACGGCAAACCUAAAGAACACUUUGCCUGCUCGCUAUGCGGAAACAUCUAUUCUUACAAGUGCCAGUUGACCAUUCACAUGCGAACGCACAGUGGGGAGAAACCCUUCGGUUGCUCGGUGUGCCAUAAACGAUUCACCCAAAAGGUCAACAUGGUGACGCACAUGAGGACGCACACCGGAGAGAAACCUUUCACGUGCUCCGUUUGCGGGAAAAAUUACUCCUACAGGAGUAACUUGAACGAUCACAUGAGCACGCACAAGGAGAAAACCUUCAGUUGCUCCGUUUGCGGGAAGAGGUUCACUCAGAAAGCAAACAUGGUGACGCACAUGCGAACGCACACGGGCGAAAGACCCUUCACCUGCUCAUUUUGCGGCAAAACCUUUUCACAAAAGCCCACCAUGGUGACGCACAUGAGGGUGCACACCGGGGAAAAACCUUUCGGUUGCUCCGUUUGCGGGAAGCGCUUCUCCCACAAGAGCAAUUUGAACGUGCACAUGCAGUCGCACACGGGAGAAAAACCUUUCAGCUGCUCCAUUUGCGGCGAAGGAUUUGUCCUCAAGGUGGCUUUGAUCGCGCACACAGCAGCCCACACCGGAGAGAAAUUGUUCGCGUGCUCACUUUGCGGGAAAAGCUUUGCGUACAAGAGUAACUUGAACGCACACGUACGGAGACACAAGGAAGAAAGUAGUAGCGGUGGUUGCUCACUUGAUGAGGAAUUGACCUGAGCACAGGUUAUUCAUGUUGUAUCACACUUGUUAAAAAAUAAAAAGUUUUGUUGCAUGUGAUGGUAUAAAAGUAGUAUAAAACGUGUGCAGCAUUUUUUUUUUUUUUUUUAGUAUACUGCACAUUUUUUGGUCCAAGAAUGGGCAAUUUAACUGCUGGAGGCGACCACAAUUUUUCAUCCGUGCUAAUGGGGGCCAAAUAAGACCACACACACUUUCUGAACAGAUGUACUGCGUGAUGUUUUUUUUUUUUUAAUAUAUGUGGAAAAUCCGUGCUCUUAAUAUAAAUAUCAAAUUUCAGUGCAUGUAUAAAAGAGUCACUUUCUUCACCCAACAACAUAGGGUUUGAAGCAAACAACAAAAUAA